CUGCUGAUUUAUCACAGUUGGAAGGGAUGGGACGGUGGAUAUUGCUGAUGGCUGUCGUGGCCAGCAAAAGUGUGCGCGUGUCUGCUUUGUGGCAUGUGGGAGGGGGGAGAAGGCUACAGCUGGAGGUAUAUAACCCUGUUGGGACCAACAGAAGAUCUACAAGUCUUCUUUCCACCUGAGGAGCUCCACUUCCAACAACAGCAUCCUGUCAUGAUGAAGUGUAACCAUCUGCUGUCCUGGGCCUUCCUGCUCGUGGCCUCUGGCCCACUGCUGGCCCACCCAAUCACAGAGUCCAUUGAGAUGCCCUAUCCGGGACCUGUGUCGGUGGAGGACCGGGGAGUCAGCGCUCUGGAUGAUCUGCCUCUCUCUGAGCAAACCUUCCCUCUCCAGGAUGGUGCCGGUCUCAGAUAUUCCACUCUGAUAUCUGGGGAGAUCAACAGAGAUGGUGUCAGAACUACAGGCCUGCUUCCUCGGGGAAUGAAGAGAGAGGUCCUACUGGAAAAACAAAGUCUCCUAAAUCCCUUCAGCCAUGUGCUGGGCAUCCGGAAGCAGUUCAGGAAGAGAGCGGGGAAUUCUGAAUGUUUCUGGAAGUACUGUGUCUAAACCUGCCGACAGGCAUCGAGGCCACCCGUGAGACAGGGCUUGCACUAAGACAGACAUCCCUAUCUUGCACUCACACAAGUACAUGCAGACAAAAUAAGAAACAUUGUGCAUGCAUUCUACCGUAUGUGCGCACAUGCACGGCCAGUUGCAUGUACUCACAUAUACAUAGGACUUGCCAUGGGAUGACUGAGAUGUGUUGCUUGGGAACUUUAAGAUGAUUUAUUGAGAUUACUUUUCUGUUGUGUGA